CCUGACACAGCAGUUUGCCCGUACAAACAUAAAUACUACCAGAGUCGUUCUCUCUCAUCCACUCAUGGCUCCACAUCUCCUCCUUGUCCUGCGCAUCCUUUUCUUCCUCACUGGACUCUCAGAUACACAGAGUGUGUCCACAGUGAGUCAUGUGUCUGUUAAGCGGGGAGGCUCCAUCACCAUCCCAUGUCUCUAUAAUCAGAGAUAUAGAAACAAUGUGAAAUACUGGUGUAGGGGAUAUUAUUGGAUAGGUUGCUCUACUGUAGUACGCACUGACCAUCAAAAGACCAGCAGAAAGACUUCAAUCUCUGAUGACAUCAACCAGCGAGUCUUCACUGUGACCAUGACAAGUCUUAGUCCUAGUGAUUCUGAUUAUUACUGGUGUAUUGUGGAGAGGAAGAGCAAGGCAGAUGAUGGGGUUAUACUGCAGAUAUCUGUUCCUCCAGGUACUCCAGAACUCUAUGUGGACCAACAACAGAUGACUGGAGUUGUAGGAGGGAGUGUCACUGUGCUCUGUUACUAUAGUUCACAAGGAAGUACAGGGGGGUGGUGCAGGAUGGGAGGCUCUUGUGUGGCUGCGGGACAUUCUAGGGUUUUAGAUGGAACAUGUGUGAAGUUAGUGCAGGAGGAGAGCCGAACCACCAACGGUUAUGUCUUAAUGGUGACUAUGAGUGGAUUGAUGAUGGAGAACACUGGCUGGUACUGGUGCGAAAAGGGAGACCUACAGAUGCCUGUUCAUAUCACUGUCAAUCAACCAACCACAACACAGAGCACCACCACAAUUACCCCUUCUGUUACAAACAGGGACAAUGUUUUAACUAACGAGAACACAGAUGAGAAGCACCAGAGUUUGCUGGUUGUCCUGCUCAUUCCCCUGAGCCUGUUGGUGGUGUUGAUAGCUGUUACCUUGGUCACAUUGAAGCUGUUGAGAAAACAUAAGGAGAAGAAGGCAAAGUACCAACCACCAAACACCACAGUAGACCUAAACCCUGAGAGACAUGGUGACUUAUACAGCACUGUGAUUCCUAUGCAGCACAGGACAGCACAAAGGGCAGCAGAACCAGAUGGUGGUCUACAGCGCAGUGGCCCAACACCAGAGAUACAGUAGGUCACAAAGAACCAGACAAGAUGUUGGGGGAAAUACUGGAGGAUCUCAGUGAACUAGGGCAUCAGAACAAGUCUCCAGAUUGAGUAACAUAUAAAGUUGUUUUAUUUGUCACCUGCCCCAACCCUUUGUCCUCAUUACUUUAUUGUUCUCUUGUUAAUCUGCAUAUUUUAAAGACUGAACAUCUUGUACUUGUAAUAAACUG